GGGUGUUCCCCUCGCCGGUGUCCGGGCUGCGGAUCGCCUCUCGGACGACUCGGGCCGAUUUGCGCUGAGGACGAGACCCUUGUGAUGAAGUAUCACAAUAAAGGGAGUCGUAUUCUUCUUCCUGGUGGAGGGACUGGCCUUCAAUGAAAAAACAACAUGCAACACCUGUGAAGCACAGCGAGCUGAGACAACAAGGGAGGUGUCGGAGCGUGCCGUGUAGAUCAACAACCGCAAAUUCUCAGCAUGGAGAAUUCAGAGAAGACAGAAGUGGUUCUCCUUGCCUGCGGUUCCUUUAACCCUAUCACCAACAUGCACCUCAGGCUGUUCGAGCUGGCCAAAGACUACAUGAACGGGACAGGAAAAUACAGAGUUAUCAGAGGCAUCAUUUCUCCCGUUGGCGAUGCGUAUAAGAAGAAAGGACUCAUCCCUGCCCAUCACCGGGUUGUCAUGGCCGAGCUCGCCACCCAGAACUCCAGCUGGGUGGGCGUGGACAGCUGGGAGAGUCUGCAGAAGGAGUGGACCGAGACUGCGAAGGUGCUCAGACACCAUCAAGAGAAGCUGGAGGCCGGGGGCUGUGAUCGCCAGCAGGACUCACCUGUGCUGGAAAGGCCGGGGCGGAAGAGGAAGUGGGCGGAACAAAGAUCAGAAGUUAGUCAGAAAAAAUCCCCAGAGCCAAGAACAAAAGGUGUGCCGAAGGUAAAGCUGCUGUGUGGGGCGGAUAUUUUGGAGUCCUUUGGCGUCCCCAACCUGUGGAAGAGUGAGGACAUCGCCAAGAUCGUGGGGGACUACGGGAUCAUAUGCAUUACCCGGGUGGGGAACGACGCGGAGAAGUUCAUCUAUGAGUCCGACGUGCUGUGGAAGCACCGGCCCAACAUCCACCUGGUCAACGAGUGGAUCACCAAUGACAUCUCAUCCACCAAGAUCCGGCGGGCCCUCCGACGGGGCCAGAGCGUCCGCUACUUGGUCCCGGACCUUGUCUGGGAAUACAUUGAAAAGCACAACUUGUACAGCUCCGAGAGUGAGGAGAGGAAUGUCGGGGUGGUCCUGGCCCCCUUGCAGAGGAACACUGCAGACACUAACUCAAACACCACAGCGUGAAGUUCUGGACUCCCUUUUGGGGGGUUGGGAACAAUUAUGGGUGUUAGCAGCUGGGGAAAGGAUGUGUGAGCCUGUUUCGUGAACUAAAGCUUAAAAGUGGGGUAAAAAUCAGUAGUGAAUGAAAGUCAGGUUUAUAUUUUUUCUCUUUAUCAGAAGUGGCUAAGUUGAAUGUUUUCAGUAUGAUGGCCUUUUUUUCUUCUCUCUCUAGAACAUACAAAUCCUUCUACCCUUAAAACAACAGAUCAGCAGCACUAAAACCCGAAGACUGUUUCAUCAAGCUAACUAUAAAUAAGAAAUCACAAAGGACAUCCUGGCUUUGCCACGUGAGAGGAGCAGAGUAGGAAAAGCCAGAGUCCACUUGAAGAACAUUUCAGCAUGCCUCUUUCUGGGCAGCUGUCGCCCAGCGUGGCCAGAGCAAUAGUUCUUAAAAUGGCCAUCUUGCAGGGGGCACGGCUGAUCGGACCCCUCCAGAUGUGCAGAGACACGCUGUGAACGUGCCCGGCAGGAACUUCAGGCACAAGCCAACGGCACCCUUUGGAGUGGCUGGCUCAGCAUCACCAAGACACAUGCCUGCCCGGGGCUCUGCCGUCGGAAACACAGAGUGGGGUCCCAGUGCCGGAAUGCUCACAAAGGUGCGCAGGCAUCUCCGAUGCCCCCCGAGGGGAGAGCCUCUGCCUCAGGUUCUUUACACGGGCCCACAGCGCAGCCCUGGGCUGGCUCAUGUUCCAGCCCCCGGCCCCCACCGGCUGGCCACCGUCGUUCUGUCUUCAGGAGCCGCUUCAGAGAUGAUGUCCCACCACCUGGAACAGAGAGGACCCCAGAGAAUGAGGUCCAUUCACAAGAAUUGUGUUCAGUGCCAGGGCUCUAAGCCUUUAUCAGUCGCUUAACCAAAAGACAAACGGAGACCCUGAAAAUGGAACACGCCUCGCUGGGCCAGCCCAGCAGGCUCAGCUCCAGGUUCUGGGCGCUGAGGACUGGUGUGUAGAAGCUCUCGGCUCAGGCCAAAGCUUGGGUCUCUGAAGAGCCCCGCUGUGUCUGUUCCAACCCACUGUGAAUCCUCCUUUUGUGAAUUUAAGCAGAAAAGAGGUCUUUAAAAAACACACACACACACAAAACUUUAUUUUUUAGAGAGGGGAAGGGUGGGGAAAAGAGAGGGAGAGAAACAUGAAUGUGUGGUUGCCUUUCAUGCACCCCCUACUGAAGACCUGGCCUGCAGCCCAGGUAUGUGCCCUGACUGGGAAUCGAACCAGGGACCCUUUGCUUCACAGUCCCGUGCACAAUCUACUGAGCCACACCAGUCAGGACAAAAAGGGGUCUUUUUUCAAACACUUGUUCACUUUGUGUCCUUUUGUAUGGUCACUAACCAGAGUAGAACUCCCAAAUAAUAAGGUCAUAGCUUUAUAUUAAAAAUGCAAGCUUGUUAUAGGGUGGGAUACUGAUUAAAAUUUUGUGGAAGUUUUACCAAUUGGUAAAGCAAAAAGACCAGAAAUGACUUUUUACAGGAUAGUUUUAUGAAAAUUGUCCUGGGAUAGAAACAGGACUAAAGUUAAAAUUUUAAUGAAAAUAGAAUAAUUUACCUUUUGCAAUUUGUAUUUCAUACCUACAUCACUCUAGGUAAAGGAGGUACAGCUGCUGAGAAAAAAUACUUAAAAUUGUGCCAUUGUAUAAUGAGAUCUGAACCCACAGUUUACAAAAGGAAAUUGAAUUGUUAAAUAAAACGAUCAAAUGUA